AUGGGGGGACCGGGUGAUAGGGGGAGGGGCAAAGGGGAGGGGGCGAUUGUGAAGGAACUCGAUGGGUAUAUUUCUUCGCGGGAUAAGGCAGGAAUCCUCGGGAUUUUGAAGAGAAUCAAGGAGGAAUCAAGGGUCUUCGAGGGAUUCGUCAAGAAUGGGGGGCUCAAGGUACUCAUCGAGGUGCUCAGGGUGCAGAACACCAAGAUUCUGGAUUAUGCAUUGAGCAUUCUCGCGAAUGCUUAUCUGAAGAGCUGGGUGCGGGAAGAGACAAAAGACAAAAAACUCCCGGAGAACCUCCUCUGGAUCCUCCAGAACCUCCCCCCGGGCCCGACCCUCCACUGCCGCGCCUGUCGGCUAAUCGGUAACAUGUGUCUUUCGAAGCGCCACAGUGAGUCUCUGUGCGCUCUCGGCGUCCUCCCGGCCCUCCUUGCGGUCCUAAAGUCCCCCUCCACUCCCCAGACCCACUCGAUGGCGGUGCGAGCGGUGCGCAACAUCUGGGAGAGUCACAAGGCCUCCCAGACCGAAGUCAUCGACUCUGAGCUCAUAAAGGAGGUGAUGGUCCUCCUGAUAACCUCCAGCAGUCAUAACAGCAGUGAUCCGACGGAAACGAAAUUCAAGGACCUCUCGGAGACCUGCCUCAAGGCCCUCAAGGUCCUCCUAGACCCUCAGGACCUCAGGAUAGCCAAGCAGAUUAACUCCGUCAAGAAUUUUAAUUUCAUCGUCGACCUUUGCGCGUCCAAUCACAGAAGCGGAAUUCAACUGCUCCAUAAACUCACGAGAACGGCUGAGAAUCGGCCUGAACUUGGCACUUGUGGGGCCAUUGAUUUUUUGAUAACUUUCCUGAAGACCGUUGACUCAGAGUCAUCGUUGAACUCAGUCACUUACGAAGUUAUCACGAGCCUGUGCCUCUUCUCGAGGGAGGCUGUGAACAGGGCCAAGAUCAGGGAUUGCGGAGGGCUUGAGGUCAUGAUAGGGCUUCUGGAGGACGAGGGGAAGGAGAAACAUCAUCAUGUGUUGCUGUGUGCACUGACUCAGUUCGUGGGGGACGAGAAUAGCAUCAGGGUGAUGAUCAAGGGCGGGGUCGUUGGGGUCAUCGUCAGGAUGCUGAACAGGAUGGUGCUGGAUGUCAGGCUGGAGGAGAAGGGAAGGAAGAGGGGUGCUGAGGUCGUGUCGUUGGAGGGGAGUACGGAGAACAAGGUCAAUAGGACGAGUAAUGGAAGGUUCAGCUUAGAUUUUUACUCGAGCAGAUGGAGUCCCCGCAGUGCCAACAGCCCCACAUCAUCACCAUCAGGUUCACCCCCUCUGCCCUCCUACGAUUGCAAUGACAACGACGAGGAGAAUUACAGCCCCGUGUGCUCCGAGGCUGAGGACUGCCCUGAGAACGAGGACGCGAAGAGUACCGCGACGAGAGACGAAAUAGAUUCUUUGAAUAGUUUUGUGUGUUCAAGUAUUGGUAAGGAUGAGAGUCAACCGGUGGAGAAGGAGGAGGAGUGUCCAGUGAUGAGUACAGGGAUGAGUGUAUUUCACACUUGGACUCUGCAGCUUCUGGCAAGACUGACAUUUUGGGAGCGUCCGGUUGAAGGACUAGCUAAUCCCAUCACAAUUCAAGCACUGACUGCAUACAUCGAGGCCUCUAAAAACACUGAUGCCCUCCCCAUUGUCAAUCGAAUCAUAGAAAAUUACGUGUAUUUCAUGCCCCUGCUGCUCCAGGGCUUCGUCUUCGACGUCCAGACCCUCAGGAACUCUCAGGAAUAUCUGAGAACCUUCUCCCAGAGCGCAGAGUCUGGUGGUGCCUUUGGAGACCUGUCGACCAUCCUCAGGAGGGGUCGAGACCCCCAGAAGUUCAUGGUUGCCCUCUCUGUGCCCUUUCUCCUCAAGUCCAGGGACAAACUGAGGACUCUGCUGACAGAGUAUGGGGGGCUGGACCUCAUCUUCCAGCUUCUGGGCGACGAAGGCCACGAGAUGAACGAGAAGGCCAUUUUUUCGGUGUGUCAGCUCGCUGAGGCUCUCGGGGUCAGGCCGACCAGGCCUGAGGACCACUCUGACGACGUCCUGGGACUUGUGGGGGAGCGUAAGGAGGUGGAGGAGGACGGGGGUGGGAACCAGAAGAAGAGGAGGAAGAACGGGGGGAAGGAGAAUCUUGUGGUGUUCGAGCUGGACGACGGGGGCACUGUCGAGGCCUGCAGGAGGGUCCUCUGUGGCAAGAGCGAGGCCUUCAGUGCUAUGCUCGAGGGGAGAUUCUUCGAAGCUGGUCAGACAAGAGUUCGCCUUCACCACGUGUCAACCGAAGGCCUCUCAGUCCUCUGUGCCUUAGCCAGUGGGAAAUUGUCCCUGACCUCGAAAAAACCCCGCGAAAAACUGGAAAUCGAGGCGCUCCUCGACGCUGUUCUCCUCGCUGACAAAUUCCUCAUGUUCGAUGAGUCCGAGAGCCUAACCGAGACAUCAGUCUCCGAACUAUCUCAUCGUAAUCUCAGUCGCGCUUGGAACUGGGCGAGGACCAAUGGAUGCAGUGAAUUUAGAAUUUGCUGUGUCAAAUAUUUUUUAACGUCUCGAGCAUCCAGAGAGGACAGACUGCACUCCUUCAAGGAUUUCUCAUCUGGAAAACAUUUUAGGGAAUUCCUGGAAGAUGUUCGUGGUAUCAUCAUGAAGAAAUUAUCAAUUCGAUAAAAAAUAAUCAACAACAAUAAUGUUUAUCAAAUUCUAUGUUUUCUCAUUAAUUUUUCUAUUUCAUCUGGACGAAAAAUCGCGAUAUCUAGAGACCUUGAAGAAAUAUUGACAAUUUUCUGGUCUCGUUGGAGAGUCAGGAACAUUUCCGAUUCCAUUCAAUGGUCACAAGCCCAUUUUGCCCCGCUCGUUGAUGAGAUUUCGACAAAAAUGACUUUUCAGUGCUGAAAUUUAAAGGGUAAAUUGCAAAAGAACUGCCGGGGCAAAACGGUUUCAUGACCACUGGUUGAAAUCGGAAAAUUUUCGAGAAUUUCCGAAUAUUCGAGAAAAACUGGGGGAAUAAUUAAUCCAUUCAAUACUGGGACUCUACAGUUAUUUUAUUCAGUCAAUUAAGUGGAUAAUUUUUUUUUCCAGUCUAAAUUGAAUUUUUUAUCGAAGGAUCAUUCAACCAAUUGACAUUAUCAUCCAAUCGUAAAUUGUAUAUUUUUUUUUCUAUUUGAUGUACAUUCAUUGAGCGAAUUAUUAAAAUUAUUUGG